AUGUCUUCCCCUUCUAGAGAGGAAGAAAAGCCUAAUAAGGAAUUGGCUCCAGAAAUCGAGUAUGAGGAUGAAAAUUCCGAAACUACUUAUGAGCCAAUUGGCUUGAUCGAACCGAGUGAAGUCGAAACCCUUACCCGUAUAGCAACCCAGCAGUCUCGACGACAAUCUACCUCCGGACCUACCCACCGUCUAGCCUCGCUCGCAGACCAAGAUCCUACCCUGAACCCUCAAUCUGGGAAAUUCGACCUGCGAAAAUGGAUUAUCGCUGCCAUGCGAGAUGUGGGCCGUGAACGGGGCCAAAGAAUGGGCGUUGUGUUCAAAGACCUAAACAUUUAUGGAUCUGGGUCGGAGCUACAGUUCCAGGACACAGUCUCUUCCAUGUUAACGGCACCCCUCCGAAUUGGAGAGGCUUUCCACAAGUCCCCGAAAAAGCGCAUCCUCAAGAACUUUAAUGGUAUUCUCAAGAGCGGAGAGCUUUUGCUUGUGCUCGGUCGCCCUGGAGCGGGCUGCAGUACUAUGCUGAAGUCAAUUAUGGGUGAGCUGCAUGGUUUGGAGAUGGGCGAGGGCAGUGUUAUCAAUUACAACGGUAUUCCCCAACGCCGCAUGAUAAAGGAGUUCAAGGGUGAAAUGGUCUACAAUCAAGAAGUUGAUCGCCAUUUCCCUCACCUCACUGUCGGCCAGACUUUAGAGCACGCUGCCGCAACACGAACCCCAUCCCACCGAUUCCAGGGAAUGACCCGCGGCGAAUUCGCUAAAUAUAUGGCGCAGAUCGUGAUGGCGGUCUUUGGUCUGAGCCACACUUAUAAUACCCGUGUUGGAGAUGACUUCAUCCGUGGUGUUUCGGGCGGAGAGCGAAAGCGUGUCAGUAUUGCCGAGAUGGCACUCUCUGCGUCACCUUUGGCUGCUUGGGAUAACUCCACUCGUGGAUUGGAUUCAGCCACGGCUUUGAAAUUCGUGGAGUCCCUUCGUUUACUCUCGGACCUUACUGGUUCUGCCCAUGCUGUGGCAGCUUACCAGGCAAGUCAGAGUAUCUAUGACCGGUUCGACAAAGUUGUCGUUCUUUACGGGGGUCACCAAGUAUUCUUUGGACCGGCGAAUGCCGCAAAGGAGUACUUUGAGAAGCAAGGAUGGUAUUGCCCUCCGAGACAAACCACUGGUGACUUCCUGACCUCGAUCACCAACCCUGACGAGCGUCAAGCGAAUCCCGGUAUGGAAUCUCAAGUCCCCCGUACACCUGAGGAGUUCGAGGCUGCAUGGCUUAAGUCUUCGGAGUACAAGCAGCUUCGGUCUGAUAUUGAUGCAUACGAAGAGCAAUACCCUACAACGGACGAUGCUGAGGCUGUUGUUGCGUUUCACGAGAAGAAGCGAGGCAACCAAGCUAAGCACACUCGUCCUAAGUCGCCAUACAUCAUCAGUGUGCCCAUGCAGAUCAAGCUCAAUACUACCCGUGCUUACCAACGGCUAUGGAAUGAUGCGGCGUCGACUGUGUCUACCGUGGUCAGUAACAUCAUCAUGGCUCUUAUCAUUGGUUCCACCUUCUACGACUCCCCCGAUGCUACUGCUGGCUUUACUUCAAAAAGUGCGGCACUAUUCUUUGCAGUCCUUCUCAACGCCUUGACCGCUAUGUCUGAAAUCAACGCUCUUUAUGCGCAGCGACCGAUCAUUGAAAAGCAUAAUUCAUAUGCUUUCUACCAUCCGUUUACCGAGGCCAUUGCUGGUGUCAUUGCCGACAUACCAGUGAAAUUUGCUCUUGCAGUCUGUUUCAACAUCAUCUUGUACUUCCUCGUCGGUCUUCAGCGAAAGCCGGGUAACUUUUUCCUCUAUUUCCUCAUCACUUUCAUGAUCACUUUCGUCAUGAGUGCGGUAUUCCGAACAUUGGCAGCUGUCACGAAAACAGUCUCCCAAGCAAUGGGAUUGGCUGGUGUCAUGAUUCUAGCCCUUGUCGUCUACACAGGCUUUGUGCUGCCGGUCCCAUCCAUGCACCCCUGGUUCGAGUGGAUCCAUUAUCUGAACCCAAUCUAUUACGCUUUCGAGAUUUUGAUUGCGAACGAGUUCCACGGGCGCGAUUUCCCCUGCUCGUCCUUCGUCCCAUCUUACGCUGACUUUUCCGGUGAUGCGUUUUCUUGCAGCACAGCCGGAUCAGUAGCAGGUGAAUUGACUGUGAACGGUGACCGUUAUAUCUGGCUGAACUAUCGAUACAAAUUCUCCCACGUUUGGAGGAACUUUGGAAUCAUGUGUGCAUUUUUGAUUGGCUUCAUGGCCAUCUACUUCAUCGCCUGUGAGCUUAAUUCAUCUACUACCAGCACAGCUGAGGCUUUGGUGUUCCGUCGUGGCCACGAGCCUGCACACCUGCGCCGUGGCAAGAAAGGCAAGUCCGAUGCCGAGGCCACCAAUGAAGUCGCCGCGCAAAAAACCCCUGAAGAAGAAGGUGCCCAGGAAAUGGGAGCCAUCCAGCCUCAGACAGAUGUUUUCACCUGGCGGGAUGUUUGCUACGAUAUUGAGAUCAAGGGCGAACCCCGCAGACUUUUGGACAAUGUUGCCGGUUGGGUUAAGCCGGGAACUCUGACUGCUCUCAUGGGUGUCAGUGGAGCUGGUAAGACCACUCUCUUGGAUGUGCUAGCUCACCGCACUUCGGUCGGUGUUGUGACUGGUGAUAUGCUUGUCAAUGGCCGUGAAUUGGAUCAGAGUUUCCAGCGUAAGACUGGCUACGUCCAGCAGCAAGAUCUCCACCUUGAAACCGCCACAGUUCGUGAGUCUUUGCGUUUCAGUGCUCUUUUACGUCAGCCGGCUAGUGUCUCUAUUCAGGAGAAGUACGACUAUGUUGAAGAUGUCAUUCGCAUGCUUCGUAUGGAAGAAUUUGCCGAAGCUAUCGUCGGUAUCCCUGGUGAGGGAUUGAACGUUGAGCAGCGUAAGCUUCUGACCAUUGGUGUCGAGCUGGCUGCUAAGCCCAAGCUACUUCUUUUCCUCGAUGAGCCCACUAGUGGUCUUGAUUCACAGAGCUCUUGGUCCAUUGUUUCCUUCCUUCGUCGUCUUUCUGAGCACGGUCAAGCCGUCCUUUGCACCAUCCACCAGCCCAGCGCCAUCCUUUUCCAAGAAUUUGACCAGCUCCUGUUUUUGGCUCGAGGUGGAAAAACAGUCUACUUCGGCCCGAUCGGUGAACAGUCGCGGACCCUCCUGGACUAUUUCGAGGUCCAUGGAGCGCGCGCCUGCGGAGAUAGCGAGAACCCUGCCGAGUAUAUGCUUGACGUUGUGAACGCUGGCUGCAAUCCCCAAGGUGAAAACUGGUUCGAUGUUUGGAAAGGAAGCAAGGAAAGUCAGGAGGUUCAAGUUGAACUUGAUCGCAUCCACAAGGAGCAGCAGGAGAAAGUCCCCGUUGAAAAUUCACCUGAAGGUCUCACUGAGUUUGCCAUGCCGUUCUGGUUCCAGCUGUACCAGGUCACCUACCGAGUCUUCCAGCAGUAUUGGCGCAUGCCCUCCUACAUUAUUUCCAAGUGGGGGCUGGGUAUUGCUGCUGGUUUGUUUAUUGGGUUCUCCUUCUACCAAGCCAAGACGUCCUUGCAGGGAAUGCAAACUAUCAUCUACUCGGUGUUCAUGCUGUGCACUAUCUUCACCUCGCUUGUCCAACAGCUGAUGCCCCUGUUCGUUGCUCAAAGAUCGCUUUACGAGGUCCGCGAGCGCCCCAGCAAGGCAUACUCUUGGAAAGCCUUCCUAAUCGCCCAAGUCAUUGUAGAAAUUCCCUACAUGAUUAUCACCGGUAUCCUCAUCUUUGGUUGCUACUUCUACGCUGUUGUUGGCAUUCCAAGCUCCCUGACCCAGGGUACCGUUCUCCUUCUAUGUGUCCAAUUCUUUAUCUAUGCCGGCACAUUCGGACAGAUGGCCAUCGCCGCUCUCCCCGACGCUCAGACCGCCAGUGCAAUCGUCGUUCUACUCUUCGCCAUGUCACUCACCUUCUGUGGUGUGAUGCAGCCGCCAUCCGCUCUUCCUGGCUUCUGGAUCUUCAUGUACCGUGUCUCACCAUUCACCUACUGGACCAGCGCUAUGGCUAGUACCCAAGUACACGGGCGCGAGGUCGUAUGUUCCAACGACGAACUAGCCAUUUUCGAUCCUCCUUCUGGCCAGACUUGCUGGGAGUAUCUGAAGGAGUACGCUACUGCCGCUGGGGGUCAAUUGAUUAACAAGGCUGCGACUUCCAGUUGCGAAUACUGCUCCGUCACUGUUGCCGAUCAGUAUGUUGCUCAAUCUGGUAUCUACUAUAGCCAGCGCUGGAGGAACUACGGUAUUGUGUGGGCUUAUAUUGUUUUCAAUAUUUUCAUUGCCGUCAUGACCUACUACCUAUUCCGGGUCAAGCGUUGGAACAUGGAAGGCAUCAAGAAGAGCCUUGCGCGUUUCAUCCCAUCAAAGAAGUCGAGUGACUAA